CCAACCUCGUUCGAAAUCACUCUUUCUUACAGGUUUAUACCUAUCGAACACUUGGUCAAAUAAGAUGGACGCUGCUUACGCUUUCCCUGACGCACCGGUCACCCACAUCGGUGUGCGCAGUCUGGGUGACAAAGAGUCGACACCCAUCGACCUUUCUCACCAUCUCUCUGAUAUGUCCAAUGCACGCAUAGCAUCCCCCCUCAAGGCGCUCAUGAAGUACAUGGCACAGCCGGGAAUGAUCAGCAUGUCGGGUGGCCUCCCGCAUGAGUCGUACUUCCCCUUCGAAGAGAUCUCAGCACAGACCGCUGUACCCGACACAUUCUCCCUGACACCCGAGGAGAAGUCUUCCUUCAGCUGGCUGUGGAACCUCUUCGGUGCUCCCACCCGCAAGACGAAGGAGGUCACGAUCCCAAAACGUGCGGCUGGCGGAGACAUGGAGGCCGUGCAGCUCGCGACUGCGCUUCAAUACGGACAGGCAACCGGUUUGCCCCUCCUGCAGAAGUUCAUCAACGAGUUCGUGCAGAGGGUGUACCGCCCCAUCAACCCACUCACGACUACGCUUGUCCAUGUUGGCAACACUGACGGGUGGGCCAAAGCCGUCCUCACCCUCUGUAACCACGGUGAGGGCAUCCUCGUCGAGGAAUAUACCUAUCCCUCUGCGAUUGCCUCUGCCUGGCCCAUCGGUGUUCGCCCUGUGCCUGUCAAGAUGGAUAGCGAGGGGAUGCUCGCUAAUGACCUUGACCACGUCCUCAGCGGAUGGGACGUCGAGGCUAGGGGCGGCAUGAAGAAGCCUCAUGUGAUGUACACUGUGCCUGUUGGCCAGAACCCAUGCGGAACCACCAUGAGCGAGAAGAGAAAGAAGGAGAUCUACGCGGUCUGUGUCAAGCAUGACGUCAUUAUCGUCGAGGAUGACCCGUAUUACUUCCUGCAGUGCGGUACCUAUGUUCCCAAGGCACAAAGGACCACUGCGAAGGUGGCCAAGGAUGGCAAGGAUGCUGAGGAGGCGUUCAUCCAAAGUCUUGCACCCAGCUACCUGCGUGUCGACUACCAGGGCCGCGUCAUCCGCUUGGACACUUUCUCCAAGACGAUCGCACCCGGCUCGCGUCUUGGAUUCUUCACUUGCAACCCAAUGUUCGCUGAACGGCUCCUUCGUGCUGGCGAGACGUCGACUCAGGCACCUUGCGGGUUCGGUCAGGCCCUCAUCACCUCGCUGCUCAACGGAUGGGGUAUGAGCGGCUGGAUCCGCUGGUUACGCGGCAUCCGUGCGCAGUACACGAUGCGUCGCGACAUGUGCAUGGACGCGCUGUACAACCACUUUGACUUGCGUGAGGACCUGCGUGCGAGCAGCAUCCGGGCGUGGGACGGCGCGCCCGUGCUUGUCGCACACAAGAAGGGCGCCGUCGCCCAGGAGAAGUACGAUUCGACGACGUCACUCUUCUCCAUCGUCCCUCCUGUUGCGGGCAUGUUCCUCUGGAUUCAAGUCCAUGUGUAUAACCACCCGGCAUACGACGACCUCGUUCGCAGCGGGAUGAGCGAGAGCCUUGCUAGUGCGACGCUCACAUUCCGCCUGUGGAAGAAGCUCGUGGACAACAAGGUCCUCUGGUCCCCUGGCUGGUUCUUCGCCACCGAUGGUGUGCAGCCUGAUAUCGGCGAGAUGGGCUUCAACCCCGCUGUGAAGGCCAAGGGCAUGGAGGGGUGCUUCCGUGUUGCCUACUCCAGCGCCUCCCCAGAGGAGAUGAAUAAGGCCAUGGACGUGUUUGCGAAGCAGGUGGUGAAGUUCUUUGAGUGAAGAGCGUCCAUCAUUAGCCCCAAUUUGGUACAGUAGACGGAAGGACAAAAUAGUGGGGCAUACGCACUGUCUGCGAGACGAGUGUACACUAGUCUGAUUUACUUUCC